AUGACCAACUGUUGCUCCCCUUGCUGUCAGCCUACGUGCUGCAGGACCACCUGCUGCAGGACCACCUGCUGGAAGCCCACCUGUGUGACCACCUGCAGCAGCACACCCUGCUGCCAGCCCUCCAGCUGUGUGUCCAGCUGCUGCCAGCCUUGCUGCCGCCCAACUUGCUAUCAAAACACCUGCUGCCAGCCCACCUGUGUGACCAGCUGCUGCCAGCCUUCCUGCUGCAGCACACCCUGCUGCCAGCCCACCUGCUGUCCCACCUGCUGUGGGUCCAGCUGCUGUGGCCAAACCAACUGUGGGUCCAGCUGUGGCCAGACCAGCUCCUGUGCACCUGUCUACUGCAGAAGAACCUGCUACCACCCCACAAGUGUCUGCCUGCCUGGUUGCCUAAACCAGAGCUAUGGAUCCAGCUGCUGCCAGCCCUGCUGCCGCCCAGCCUGCUGUGAGACCACCUGCUGCAGGACCACUUGCUUCCAGCCCACCUGUGUGUCCAGCUGCUGCCAGCCUUCUUGCUGCUGA